CCACCUAAUAUCCUAGAAGAUGGCGUUUGGGUUGAGCUGGCUUCUUGGGAGUGGUACCGUAGCAUUCUGUAGGGUACCACUGGGAAUACUGUCAAAGGCGCCUAUCGUUCCACCAAGAUGAAACGUCGCUGUCAAAUCGGGCAGAGGGUCGAAGUGGCGGGGGACGUUUGACAGGCUACUUCAGCCUCUCUUAAAAGAAAGGCAAAUUAUAACUUGUGGGCGAAGAAAUUUGAGAGCCUCCCUCAAAUGCUUACCCAUUGGUGGUGUGAGUGUGUCUAUGGCGGAGGAUGUGAAUCUUACACAGGCCUGAGACAUGCCGCUGGAGAGCCGUUGAGGGCUCUAUUUUUGGGCCAUUUAUACCAAUCGUGAGACCAAGGACGGAUAUUUAUAGAUGCUGCUGGUAAAUGAAACUCAGGCAAAAGCUUCAUAAAAUGUGGUCGAGGCCGGCCUGAUCACAGUCUAUACAACGAGUUGUUUAUCCGUUUCUGACUACAUACACAAUGGCGGAGUUAUUUUCACGAGCAAACUAUGCUGGCGCCACUGAUGAAGAAAUUAAGGCAUACCAGAUGACACAAGCGGCAGCACAGGAAGCAUCCGCAUCCGUAUCUGCAUUCGGUGCCGAAUCAGAGGCCGUAUUGAUCGAAGAGGCACAAGAGAAUACGGCCAAUGAGGCUGAAACGGAGACCGAGGAGAUUGCUUGGACCAGGGCCAACUACUCUGGCUCCCCGGGCGAUCUCGCCGAGCGAAAUGCACAGAUGCUUGCGGGUCGCAAGGCUAUGAACAUGGCUGCAGUAUCAGAGAAUGCACAAGCUACGACAACGGCGAAUACUACUACUGCUGCCACUACCCCUCUGGCUGCUUGGGGCCAGAGGCGUCCAACCCUCAGCUGCGACACUAGCCUCGUUCCCAACGAUGACGAUGAAGAGGCUACUCCCGAAGAGGAGAACCCGCCUCCCUAUGAGAACUAUGAACCUCUACCGUCUGGCCCAGAGGAGGGAAGCGAGUCACAACAACGAGGUCAAGAAGAACCACAGAAGCAGCAGAGCAGAGAUACGAGCAAGAUUAGCGUUUCUAUUUGGAACAUGGCCAAGGCACUUUGCCCCUCGCAACUUGAGCUUCUUUUUGCCUUUGUUGCUCGACUCAUGACGUCGUUACUUGGCAAGAGACGGGCGACAGUACCCGCUUGA